AUGAGCUCCUCAUUCAAAUUUUCAAGGGAUGAUGUUCUCGCUGAAAUUAUGUCUAGCAUAAUCGACGGCCUGAAGAUCGUCCAACCUCUAAUUACUGCUUACACCCAACUACAAGCCUCCAACAAAGAAGCUCAAAGGAAGUUCGAACAGGCGACUAUCGAGAGUAUGGAGAAAAGCCUUGAGCUGACGAAAGCCCAAACAAAAGUCGAGAUGCUCCAGAACAACGUCAAUGAGCUUUUGAUUGAAAGUCGGGAUCAUAUCAGCAUGCUACAGGAUGGCCCAAUGAAAUCCCGGUCUACAAUUGCAAUGGAGGAGAGUGGGUCAAGGACUCGUGCCAGACUGUGGGACGACCUCAGCCGUGACAACCGAGUUCAGUCCGGCAGCUUGAACUUUUCACCUCCUUCGAACAAAGCCGAAGAUCUCGCAACUGCUAAGCAACUGCUCGACACCGUCCUCGGACAGUCGUGGCCAGACGAGGUUUCAAUGUACUUAUCUCUCAACAAGAUCCUUGAGGCACUCACUCCAGAAGGGACGUUCGUUCAUGACACGCAUUCUUUUCAGAAGCUUCCGGUCGACUCGACGAUCUCCUGGAAGGGCGACUUGGCGAUUACCCUUUUCCAUAUCCUCACCAUCGUUGAAUGGAAAUCCCUCGACACGGAGAUUAUAUCUAGCCACAAGGGCCAGAUGGUGGAUUACUUGCUUGCCGUCAAAGCAAAAGUACCGGCGCACACGCAGUUGCAUGGAGUCCUAUCAAACCUCACCACCUCAUUUGUCUUCGAAAUGACUUUUGCGCAAGGGAAUUACGAUGUUCGAGUGCUCCGAACGGACAACCUACUUCAUGCGUUGAUGUAUGCCAUCGACAACACCUUUACGUCCGCCAUAGUCGUCCGCUCAACUGAAAUCUUUGCUUCCACCAUGGGCAACUUCAUUGCGACAGUCCAGCUGCGUGACAUUCCAGCUUCCCUCCACCCACGCGUCACAAAACUCUUCCCCCGUGCAACAAAAGUCGUCAUGAAAACAUCAGCACGACCUUCCCACACGAGUCAGCAGCAGAGUUUCUUGAACGAAGUCGAGAUGACGAAAAGAGUCUGUUGUCUCGACCGAUUCGUCAAUGUUGUGCAAUAUCUCAAGGAUGAGUCACCUGUUUUGUUCAUGUUUCCCCAUGGGCGCCCCAUUGGCGAUAAAGAAUUGCCACUAACAAUGCGAAACAUUGUUCAAGGUGUUGUUGACGGCCUCAAGUACAUUCACGAUUGCAACAUUAUUCACCGAGACCUCCGACGGUCUAAUGUGGUUCUCGUCAAGCAACAGGGUCACUAUCAGCCCAUGAUUAUCGACUUCGGCUGCGCUGUAGAUGCCGACAAGAAGCAAAUUCUAUACGAGGGCUCAGCGUUGGCAUACCCCCCACGGAUCUUGUCGAUAAACAGUCCAACUCUCUAUGAUCCCACCAAAGGCGAUGAUCUGUUUGCGUUGAUCUUAAUGGUGCAAACUUUGUUGUUUCCGUUAUCUUUCUCGGGUUUCGACGUCCGCAAGGUUGAGCCCAGUCUGGAGCGCUCACGGGAAACCCAACGCCUGUUGGAUUUAUGGACGGCGCUCAAAUCCUCAUCUUAUUGGGGUCAAUUUUAUCAUGCCGCGGACAGGCAGGACUAUAACUCUCUGAAAGAAAUGUCGCAACCUUUUGUCACAUUGGCCCCUUGA